UGCGGGGGACACUGUGUUUUUUAAUGAGAAACGUGAGCUAGAAGGUGGAUUUGAUAUUAUCAACUGGGUAACUUUCCCAAAUAAGUCCUUCUUAAGAGUGAAAGUUGGGAAGAUGGAUCCCCAAGCACCACUGGGCAGUGAUUUCUCCAUUGAUGAGAAGAGCAUUACAUGGCACCAGAGUUUUAACCAGGUAGGACCCAAUUGCAGCUUCUGAGGUCUAUAGGUAGACAUGCACCAGAUUUGUUUGUUAAUCAUUUACACCCUAUGGAAGGAGUUCCUUUUAGCUGCAUUGAUUUCUGUUGUUGCCAUGUUACGUAAGUUAUUUUUCUUAAUGUGUAAUGUGAAUUAAAAAUCCAAUAAUUAUAUAAAUUUUAGAAGACUUUUAGAAGACAUCUGAAGGCAGCCUUGUUUAGGGAAGCUUUUAAUGUUUGAUGCAUUACGGUAUUUUAAUAUUUUGUUGGAAGCCACCCAAAGUGGCUGGGGAAGUCCAGCCAGAUGGGCGGGGUAUAAAUAAUAAAUUAUUAUUAUUAUUAUUAUAAACAUUUUAGAAUAAGAACAUCCACAUGCUACAAGCACAGUCAUCAUGCAAUGCAAAAUUGUGCUUCGUAGGAAUCUUUAGUAUCAUUUCUGUGAUUCAUUUCUUUAAAGGAACCAAGUUGCCACUUCUCAUCUUUAAAAAAAUAUUAUAAAAGGAAACACAUAUCAGUAGGUCCAUUGUCUUGCACAUUUUCUUUCCUGAACCAUUUACUGGCUGAUUGGCUCAGUUGGUUAGAGCAUGGUGUUGAUAAUGCCAAGGUCACAGGAUUGAUCCCAUUUUAGGACAGCUGCAUUACAGGGGGGUUGGAAUAAAUUAUUCUCAAAGUUCCUUCCAAUGCUACAAUUUUUGAUUCUAUUGCCUUUUUUAUUGGGUUAAAUAUCCACUAAUAUUGGUGAUUGUCACAACCAUUGUAAAGUUGGCGGUGCUAAUUAAUUAUUUUUUAAAAAAACAAAAAACAACCCUCUGGGUGCCUUAUUUCAAUGCAGCAGCCUGUUGAUGAAAAGGCAGAGACCAAACACAAAUAGAAUAGAAUACAUGCAAUACCUUCUGUUUUAUGGGCAGGUGGUGCCCCUUGCCUUGUGUAAUGACCACUGCCAUCCAGGUUACAGCAGACAAAGGAAAGAGGGGAAACCAUUUUGCUGCUAUGAUUGUACUCCAUGUCCAGAAGGGAAGAUUUCAAACCAGACAGGUAAGGUACUGUAUGCUAUAGUAUAUCAACUAUAUUGAGAACAUGUUUUUGUUAGCCAUUUGUGAACAAACAGACGUCUUACAAAAGACUUGAAGAUAAACCUUUACUUGUCCGGUUGUCAACUGUUGAACAACAAGUAUUAUUCAUAUAUAUAUAUAUAAAUGCAAUGUGCUUCUGUCCCUUGAGCCCACUGAGAAGCUUUAGUCCUUUUUUGUUUUCAAAGCUCCUUCAUAGCAGAGCAUAAGUUUAUAAUCCAUAUCUUGCCCAUCCUCAAAAACUCCCCCAGAGAGUGUCUGCUUGAAGUCACUAAACUCCCACGCUCUCAAUCAAAGAUGCAACUAACAGUAGAACCAACCAACCGUCAAGUACCAACUACCUUCUUCUUCCCCAAUACCAUUUAUUUUUUGUGAAAUAUAUUUACUGUUCUUAAACCACUGUACAAGUGUAUUAAAUGCUGUACCACUGUACAAGUGUAUUAUCAUAAACAAUAUUAUAAAUUGCUAACCAGCAUAUCUUCUGCUUACCUCCACACCUGAAAACUUCAUGGAUUGCAUGGACAGCAACUUACUUGAUCACCAAAAUUCUAGAAAUGUCAAUUCAAGAGAAUUUUUUUGGCCAUAUUCCUAGGUGUGUUAACUGGAUUAUAUUAGCACCUUUAGUCUUCCGUUGACAUUAAGCUUCCUUUCUGGGGAAAGGAAAUUGGUAAAUGUAACUUCCUAUUUUACAACCAUUUCUACUGGUAAGCUGUGAAACAUUAAUGUUUAAUUAUUAUUUCUCCAUUCAGAUAGCAAGGAAAGCUCCUAUUGUUAGAAUGGGGACUUUUUUCUCUCUAAACACACCAACUUUCAAUUCUAUGCAUGUGUAAACACAAACAUUUAUGGAGCUUAUGAUUUAGAUUUAAUUCUCAUUUAAUUAUCCACUGAAAAGAAUCUUCCAAAAAUAGCUUACCUUAAAGACAAAACAUGUUAACACUAUAACAAUUUCCUGAAAAAGAUAAUGUUUUGUAUCAUGUAUACUGUGAAUUACAUUGAAUUAUAGUACAGUGACAUUCAAAGUUUCCUGAUCCGAUACCAUAAAUAUUUAUAUCUCAGUGAGACUGAAAAUACUAUAACUGUAAUCCUGAUUUCUUUAUACUGCAAGAUAUGGAUGACUGCUUUCAGUGCCAAGAAGAUCAGUAUCCUAACCAAGAGAGAAACCAGUGCAUCAGCAAGAAAGAAAACUUCCUAUCUUAUGAAGCACCUUUAGGCAUCAGUUUGGCUCUUUUGGCUCUGGCUUUUUCUGUAACUACGGCUUUGGUGUUUGGAAUCUUCAUCAAACAUCAAAACACUCCCAUUGUCAAAGCCAACAACCGGAAUCUCACCUACACCCUGCUCAUCUCCCUCCUGCUCUGCUUCCUCUGCUCCUUGCUAUUCAUUGGGCGCCCCCAGUUACUGACCUGCAAUCUACGACAAACUGCCUUUGGUAUUAUCUUCUCAGUGGCUGUUUCUUCUGUUUUGGCUAAAACCCUCACGGUGGUUCUGGCUUUCAUGGCUACCAAACCAGGAUCCAAGAUGAGGAAAUGGGUGGGGAAAAGAUUUUCCACCUCUAUUAUUCUCUGUUGCUCACUUAUCCAAGCAAGUAUUUGUACAGCAUGGCUGGGUACUGACCAUCCAUUCCCAGAUCUGGACAUGCACUCUCUGCCUGAAGAAGUCAUAGUGGAAUGCAAUGAAGGAUCAGCCAACAUGUUCUACUAUGUUCUUGGUUACAUGGGAUUGCUGGCUCUUGUCAGCUUCAUUGUGGCUUUCUUUGCUCGGAAGCUGCCGGACACUUUUAAUGAAGCCAAAUUUAUUACUUUCAGCAUGUUGGUGUUUUGCAGUGUGUGGCUUUCUUUUGUUCCAUCCUACUUAAGCACCAAAGGGAAGUACAUAGUGGCUGUGGAGAUCUUCUCCAUCUUGGCCUCCAGUGCUGGAAUCUUGGGUUGUAUUUUCUCCCCAAAAUGUUAUAUCAUUGUCUUCAAGCCUGAACUCAACUCAAAAGAGCAACUAAAAAAGAGAAAUAA